CAUAUUCAUUACUCUUGCUGCUUACACUUGCCCAACACAAACAGUAACAAUACCAAUACCAAUACCAAUACAAGAAAGAAAUGGCCGCGAGGCCGAUUCAAGUCUAAACAAGUCCCUUUUCUCUCUCUUCUCUCUUCUCUCUUCCCUCUUCAUCCAACUCAACCCCACCAAAAAAAAAGAAAAAAAGAAAAAAAAAAAAAAAAAAACCGGCCGCGAGGCUUUAUAUCCCCAACUCUAAUCUAGUGCAAUUCCAUCCUACCGACCAGCAUGCGAACUCCUCGUCGUCGUCGAAGAAGAAGGCUCCCGGGCAUGAUGACAGACAUGACCCGACUUAUUCUUCUCCACGACGCGAGCCUGGGUGGUAGUUUUGCUGACAAUAGUUUUGAGAAAAAUGCGCGGUUGGCUGCUGCUGCUGCUGUUAUCGUAGCUGAAACAGCCGAGGCAUAAAAGGGUGACAUGGCCGCAUGUGCAAAUAAAACUUGCAGAAGUGUUGUCGCGAGAGCACUUGCAGCAGAUCCAGGACAUGCUUUGGGUUGUUUGUUGGUAUUCGGGUUUCUGGGUUUGGUCGAAUAGAUGAUGUUUUGGUUGUCAAGUUUGCUGCUAGGCAGCCGCGAGCCGCCCUUUCUUGGGAUGUCGUCGUUUGAGGUUGGACGAUAUAGAGGAGAAGCAGUGCCCAGCAAUCAAGGUGGUGGUGGUGGUGGUGGUGGUUGUCGUCCUUGGCGGUUGUGGUUGAUGUCGCUGUUAUGGAUGUCGUCGUCGUCUUCGUUGUUAUUGUGAUUGUUGUUGUGAUUUGUGCUUGUGCUUGUUAUUAUUUCCGGUUGUUUUGUUUUGUGUUUUGACGAGUGCACCCUCUCCGGGGAAAUGACAGGUUUCUGGAGCAAGACUUCCAGUUGUUGUUGAAGAAGAAGAAGAAGAUGUGUAAGGUCUUGGUAGAUACAAUAGGUAAUGUUUGUGGCGGAAGAGGACGAAUUCUAUCGUGUGUCACUUAAUUGCGGCCUGAUAUCGUUUCGUGGUAUGCAGGGCCAAAGUCUAAAAGAGACAUUGAUGCCUGCAGGGAGAGAUGGAGAUGCCUUAGGUAGGUACAGCUGGUAAGGUGAGACAAGGUAAGCUAAACUGGAAGCCGUGUCAAAGCGGAGAAGAAGAAGAAGAAGAAGAAGAAGAAGAAGGAGCGGAAAGGAAGGGAAAGGAAGGAAAGG